AUGCCAGCGGAUUUCGACAAGCAAGAAUACUGGCACGCCCGCUUCGCCACCGAGACAAACUUCGAGUGGCUGGCAACCUCGUCAGACUUCAUGCAGAUCCUGCAGGCGGACGCCGACUUCUCAAGCCUCGACCGGGGGUCCGCGCGCGUCCUGCAGCUGGGCUUCGGCACGAGCGACCUGCAGAACUGGCUGCGGGCGUGCGGGUUCGCGCACGUGCUCAACAUCGACUACGAGCCGCUGGCGGUCGAGCGCGGGCGGCAGCUGGAGAAGCAGCGCUUCCGGGACGUGCGCAUGGAGUACGCGGUCGGGGACGCGACGCGGCUGGACCGGGCGGAUUCGAGCCUGGGGACGGAGCUGGAAGGGCGGUUCGACUUUGUCGUGGACAAGAGCACCGUCGACGCCGUGUCGUGUGCUGGCGAUGAGGCCGUCCUGCGAAUCUGCCGUGGCGUCAGGCGGUGUCUUGGGCCCGGGGGGUUCUGGAUCUCGCUCAGCUAUUCGCGGUGGCGGUUUGAUGUUGAUGGCUUGCCGUUCCACUGGGAGGAGAUUGCGAGGAUACCGACGCGGAAGCUGAAGGAGACGGACCCGGAUAUUUAUCAUUAUUGUUAUAAGAUGACCCCCAAGGACGACGCGCGAUCAGAGCUGUGA